AUGGAGCCUUCAAGUUCACCACCGCCGAAGAAAGAAAUUAUUGUGCUGGGCGCAGGCGUAAUCGGCCUUACAACGGCCCUUAAGAUCCAGCUGCAGGGCGUCUACGACGUUACUAUAAUUGCCGAAACCCUCCCAAACGAUCCCAAGUCAAUCAGGUACACCAGUAGUUGGGCAGGGGCACACCAUGUCUUCAACCAUACAGAUGAUGCCCUGCAGCAUGAGUUAGAAGAGAUGACUUUCGAAGUCAUGUGGACACUCUCGGCCUCUGGAAACGAGGCGGAGGAAUGUUUUCUGCGUAUACCACAAACGGAAUAUUUCUUCGAUCACACUCCCGAAUCUUCCCCGUUGGAGGCAUUGCCCAAUUUUAGACGCCUCGAAGAGAGUGAAUUAAUCCCAGGCGCAAAAUCAGGCGUUUCAUUCACCACAGUGACGAUAGAUGUACCCAUCUAUCUUAACUAUUUGUUCUCGCGUUUUGUUGCCAAAGGCGGAAAACUGAUACGCGGAUCAGUGCAGCAUAUCAACCAAAUUAUCGAGGGCGGCGCAAGUCUCUUCGCUGGGGGCACAGGCGGUAAGCCUCCUGAUGCUGUCGUGGUGUGUGUAGGGCUUGGGGCGAGAUCCCUAGGUGGGGUCGAGGAUAAGGACGUGUACCCCAUCAGAGGACAAACCGUGAUCGUAAGGGCCCCUUGGGUGAGGUUUGGGAGAACAAUAAGUCUUGACGACAAAGGUGCUGUAACUUACAUUAUUCCUCGAAGGAGCAGCGAUGUUGUUGUCGGUGGUACCAGGGUGCCGAAUGACUGGUACCCAAAACCCAGACCGGAAACAUCACGAGAUAUUCUAGAGCGUGGCUUUGCACUUUGCCCUGAGCUCGCUCCACCAGAUGUGCGGGCUGAAAGGGAACCCACUAUCGAUGAUGUUUUGCAUCACGUCGUGGGACAGGGUUGUGGCCUGCGUCCCGCCCGUAAAGGCGGGAUUAGGCUGGAGAUUGAUUGGACUGAAGGUGUUGGCGGUAGGGGUAGAGUUCCCCUGAUCUAUAACUACGGACAUGGCGGUUAUGGGUACCAAACAUCUUGGGGUGCUGCUGUUAAGGCCUUGCAGUUACUGGAACAAGCGUUACCGGCAGUUGAACGCUCCAAGUCGAACAUACAUUAG